CGGACUUUGAGUGUAUAUACUGUAUACAAGUGGUGUUUGAUACGUACUGCAUAUACACUCACAUAUCCGAACGAUUCUUCCUGUCCGAACUCCGCACAUAAGAAUUUAUUUGAAUUGCAUGGGAAUAUAGAAGUAGCUAAAUUCUACACAAAAAAAGAACAAGACUUUUUUUUUUUUUUUUUUGUGCGGGUGGAAAGAUAGGAGAGGCGCAACUUGGUCAAGAUCAAAAGAAUACAACAUGAUCUUGUUUGCAGGAAACUAUUGAAAUACUAGUUGUGAAACGUGACACUAAAUAAUGUUCAAGUAGCAUUCCUACUUUGUUUUCUCCAGCGCUUAUGAACCUAUUUAAAACACUCUACAAACCCAUCCCAUUCCAGCCAUUGCAAUAAUUUUGAAAGGUAGAACACACGCAAAGCUGAGAAGGAGAGAUGUUUUCAUCUUCGUUUCUUACUUUUUUUUUUUCUGCUGUAACUAGAAGAGGAAGGAGAUAAGAAGAGAUUGAGAGUUUACUGGUUUCAAUGGAGGUUGGGGAAUCAAUAAGAUUAAGUAGCCUAAGAAGACUAGGGAGCUCAAAAAUUUGGGGAGGAGAGGAUGCCUUCACUAAAUCGGUAAAGGAAGAAGAUGACCUUGAGGUUCUCAAAUGGGCAGCACUUGAAAAGCUUCCAACCUAUAGUCGACUGCACAAGGGCUUACUCCACUUGGAAGAAGGAACUAAGGAAGUUGACAUAGAAAACCUUGCGCCUGAACAAAGAAGGGAAUUGCUACAGAGACUGGUAAGAGUUGCGGAGGAAGAUCACGAGAGACUGUUGUUGAAGCUCAAGGACCGCAUCGAUAGUGUUGGAAUUGAGCUACCCACCAUAGAAGUGCGUUAUGAGAACCUCAGAAUUGAAGCAGAAGCAAUUGUGGGAAAUAGAGGAACACCAACCUUCUUAAAUUUUACUUUAAAUGCCCUGGAGGGCUUUGCCAACUACCUCCGUAUAUUACCAAGCAAGAAGAAACCAUUAACUAUACUUAAUGAUGUUAGUGGAAUCAUCAAGCCUCGAAGGAUGACUUUACUCCUAGGACCCCCAGCCUCGGGAAAGACAACUUUAUUGCUAGCACUGGCAGGAAAGUUAGGCUCCGAUAUUAAGAUUUCAGGAAAAAUAACUUACAAUGGCCAUCAAAUGGAAGAAUUUGUGCCCCAAAGAACUGCUACCUAUAUUAGUCAGCAUGAUGUCCAUCUUGGGGAGAUGACAGUUCGUGAAACUUUAGAAUUCUCUGCAAGAUGUCAGGGAGUCGGUGCUCGUUAUGACAUGUUAGAAGAACUAGCAAGAAGAGAGAAGGAAGCACACAUAAAGCCAGACCAUGAUGUUGAUGUAUUUAUGAAGGCAACUUUUAUCGAGCAUCAGAGGGCCAGCAUAAUCACAGAUUACAUGUUGAAGCUUUUAGAUUUGGAAGUUUGUGCUGACACCAUAGUUGGAGAUAACAUGAGAAGAGGCAUUUCAGGUGGACAAAAGAAACGGGUCACAACAGGUGAAAUGAUUGUUGGGCCUACAAAAGUUUUAUUCAUGGAUGAGAUAUCCACUGGCCUCGACAGCUCGACAACUUUUCAGAUUGUGAAUUCAUUAAAACAUUCUAUUCACAUACUAAAUGGCACAGCGGUCAUUUCCUUGCUCCAGCCAGCGCCCGAAACUUUUUCCCUCUUUGAUGAUAUAAUUCUUCUCUCAGAUGGUCAGAUUGUCUACCAGGGUCCUCGAGAGCAUGUCCUGGAGUUCUUUGAGACAAUGGGUUUCAAAUGCCCAGAGAGAAAAGGGGUAGCAGACUUCUUACAGGAAGUCACUUCAAGAAAAGAUCAACAACAAUACUGGACACUCGAAGAUGAAACUUAUAGAUUUGUGACUGCAAAUGAAUUCAACGAGGCAUUCCACUCAUUCCACGUUGGUGAGCAAUUGAGGACUGAGCUGUCAAUCUCAUUUGACAAGACCAAAAGCCAUCCUGCUGCUCUAACAACAACAAAAUAUGGUGUUAGUAGGAGGGAGUUAUUAAAAAUAUGUAUUUCACGAGAAUGGUUACUGAUGAAACGUAAUUCUUUUGUAUAUGUAUUUAGAGCUUUUCAGCUCAUGAUCAUGUCAUUCGUUGUUAUGACACUAUUCUUAAGGACAAACAUUCAUCGUGAUUCAGUUGCAAACGGGGGCAUUCACAUGGGUGCACUCUUCUUCUCAAUAGUUAUGAUCAUGUUUAAUGGAUUUUCAGACCUUUCGUUGACCAUUAUGAAGCUCCCGGUGUUCUACAAACAAAGAGACUACCUCUUUUAUCCAGCAUGGGCAUAUGCACUUCCAUCAUGGAUUCUAAAGAUUCCUAUAUCUUUCAUUGAAGUCGGAGUUUGGGUGUUUGUCACUUAUUAUGUCAUAGGAUUUGAUCCUGCUGUUGGAAGGCUUUUUAAACAGUAUUUUCUGCUCCUAAUCGUCAACCAAAUGGCAUCAGGACUAUUCCGUUUCCUUGCUGCAUUAGGGAGAGUGAUGAUCGUUGCCAAUACAUUUGGAUCAUUCUCAUUGCUUGUGCUUAUGAUCUUGGGUGGUUUCGUUCUAUCACAUGAUGAUAUAAAGAAAUGGUGGAUUUGGGGUUACUGGAUCUCACCUUUGAUGUAUGCUCUGAAUGCAAUCUCAACGAAUGAGUUCCUUGCAAAGAGCUGGAAUCAUAUUCUUCCGGGGUCAUCAGAGCCUCUAGGAGUAUCUAUCUUGAAGUCUCGUGGAAUAUUCCCUGAAGCAAAAUGGUAUUGGAUUGGUCUGGGUGUGUUGGUUGGAUAUGUAAUCCUCUUCAAUUUCCUCUUUGUCGUGGCUCUCACCUAUCUGAAACCAUUUACAAAAGCGCAGCCAACAAUAUCUGAAGAAACCCUAAAGGAGCAGCAGGAAAAUAUAACAAGAGCAACAAACCAAUCAUUAAUAGCAGAUAAUAGCUUUGAUGAUCAGUCCAAAACCAAGGAAACUGCAAACAAAGUCAGGCACAUAAGCACACAAGUUGACAGUGAAGUCAAUGAAAAUAAGAAAGGAAUGGUUCUUCCUUUUGCACCGCUCUCCAUUACCUUUGACAAUGUACGAUACUCAGUGGACAUGCCAAAGGAAAUGAAGGCAAAAGGCAUUCAAGAAGACCGUUUAGAGCUACUAAAGGGUGUAAGUGGAUCAUUCCGUCCAGGGGUGCUAACAGCAUUGAUGGGCGUUAGUGGUGCAGGGAAGACUACCUUGAUGGAUGUCCUAGCUGGAAGAAAAACAGUUGGAUAUAUAGAUGGAAACAUAUUUGUAAAUGGCUAUCCAAAAAAGCAAAAAACAUUUGCUCGAGUAUCAGGUUACUGCGAACAGAAUGACAUUCACUCCCCUCAUGUGACUGUUUAUGAGUCUAUCAUAUACUCAGCAUGGCUUCGAUUGCCUAAUGAAGUUGAUUCUGUAACAAGAAAGAAAUUUGUAGAAGAGGUAAUGGAGCUUGUGGAACUUACACCAUUAAAGGAAGCAUUAGUGGGAAUUCCAGGUAUAAAUGGAUUAUCAACUGAGCAACGCAAAAGACUGACAAUCGCAGUUGAACUUGUUGCUAAUCCCUCAAUUAUUUUCAUGGAUGAGCCUACCUCCGGGCUUGAUGCUCGGGCUGCUGCUAUUGUGAUGAGGACUGUCAGGAAUACUGUUGAUACUGGGAGAACAGUGGUUUGUACUAUUCAUCAGCCUAGUAUUGAUAUAUUUGAAGCAUUUGAUGAGCUUUUCCUCAUGAAGAGAGGUGGGCAAGAGAUAUAUGUAGGUCCACUGGGUUACCAUUCUUGUCAUCUAAUAAGCUACUUUGAGGUGAGGAAAGAAAGCAUUUUACCCAUGCAAGGUAUCCAAGGAAGAUUAACACUAAUAACUUACUUUUAUCAGGGAAUUGAUGGUGUAAAAAAGAUUAAAGAUAGCUAUAAUCCCGCAACAUGGAUGUUAGAAGUCACCACAAUUGCUCAAGAAGAAAUCUUGGGGAUAGAUUUUAGCGAGGUCUAUAAGAACUCCGAAUUGUUUCAAAGGAACAAAACUUUGAUCAAAGAGCUUAGCGCACCACCUCCUAAUUCAAGUGACCUUUACUUUCCCACACAAUACUCGCAGUCCUUCAUUACACAGUGCAAGGCUUGCUUUUGGAAACAAUGGCUUUCAUAUUGGAGGAAUACUUCUUAUACAGCAGUCAGGUUUUUGUUCACAUGGAUUAUUGCUUUGUUGUUUGGUACAAUAUUCUGGGAUCUUGGUAAAAGAAUGGACAAACAGCAAGAUCUAUUCAAUGCUAUGGGAUCCAUGUAUUCUUCUGUUAUUUUCCUUGGGGUUUCGAAUGCUUCCACUGUUCAACCAGUAGUUGCAAUUGAAAAAAUAGUCUUUUACAGGGAAAGAGCAACAGGAAUGUACUCAACAUUACCAUAUGCAUUUGGGCAGGUUGCGAUUGAGAUUCCAUACAUCUUGGUCCAGGCUAUAACGUAUGCAAUCAUUGUUUACUCAAUGAUAGGGUUUGAAUGGACGGCUACCAAGUUCUUUUGGUACAUGUUCUUCAUGUUUUUCACAUUCCUGUACUACACAUAUUAUGGAAUGAUGGCAGUAGGGCUGACUCCAAAUUAUAACAUAGCCGCCAUAGUAUCAUCAGCAUUCUAUGCAAUAUGGAAUCUCUUCUCGGGAUUUGUCAUUCCACGCCCUAGUAUGCCUGUGUGGUGGAGAUGGUAUUCUUGGGCUUGUCCUGUCGCAUGGACUUUGUAUGGAUUGGUUGUUUCACAGUUUGGAGAUGUAAAAGAUAAGCAUGUUGGUGGUGAGGCUGUUGCUGAUUUUAUAAGGCAUUACUUCGGGUUCAAACAUGAGUUUUUAAGAGUAGUUGCAGUUGUAGUUGUUGGGUUUGCAAUAUUAUUUGCUUUCCUGUUUGGAUUUUCCAUAAAGAUGCUUAACUAUCAAAAAAGAUGAAGAAAGCAACAAAGCAUAAUUGCUGGUAUCACAAGAGGAGGUACUAAAGCCUAAUUAUCAUCUCAGAAUAAAUGUGUGUAGUAAAUUUUAACCAUUUAUCUCCUAAAUUUGUACUUAUUGGGUAAAGUGUCCAUAACAAUUUCUUGCACUAAAUAUAAGUUUUUAUUCCACUU